GUAUGUAAAAACUAAAACAGCGGUUCACAUGAGUGAAACAAGCUUCGGUACACCCGUCCAUCUCUAUACUGCUAUCAACACAUGUUGGGUAAAUUUGGGUAGCGGACACUGAAUAAUAGUGAGAGGCGGAAAAGCAUGUUAGGGAGUGUUUUUCGGAGCAACUGUUCAAAUUUCGUCUUUUGACGGCUAACGUUAGCUAGCAUCACCGGACUCGUGAAUUGGUCAACUCGUGCUUCAGCUAAAUGCUGUGUUUAAAAUCUCCACCCAUGAACUGACUUGAAUUUCACUACGAUACGCCAUGUGUUUCGACUAAAGUACAACAACAAUGUGUUGACUAGCAGAACUGAACCUCGUUAACCUUUUGUACACACACAGUGUGUAUUAUUGAUUUACUUCGACUAGACGGUAGCAAAGUGUUGACUUGACCCAAAGUUUAACCUGCGUGAUUUCCUACUUGCAUAAUAUUCAACGAACAGUGUUAAUGGCAGCUUAACAUCUAAGAUUUUAAUUUCCAACACCUGCUUGUUUCGAAUUGUGCACGUAAAGCCAUUCGAACUUGAUUCAAACAAACAGGUAGAACUGGAUUUAGAAGAAUCCGCGGUGCGAAGGUCGAGUUACACCCCUAAUCCAACAACUCACCCGGUUCAGAUAAGGUUUCAGGGGGACAGGUUAUAUACUCAUGCUGCAUACAAGACCAAUGUAAGCAGACCAUGGAAGACCUGGGACAGAUCUGAGGAAGAGUAGGACAAACGUUACUACAAUGGGGUGUCAGCGGAACGGUUUCAAGAAGGAAAGCUUCAUUUUGUCGGUGGACGUCGGGACAACAUCAAUCCGAUGUCACGUUUACGACAAGGAGGCGAAAAUCCAAGGAAGAUGCACUACUAAGGUUGUCCCCUUGUAUCCAGAGGUAGGCUAUGUGGAGAUGGACCCAGAUGCGAUAUGGAAAGGGUUUGUCGCUGUGGUUAAAGGAGCUGUGCACGAUGCAGGAGUCCAAAUGCGUCAGAUAGACGCCCUGGGCAUCUCCACUCAACGGGGCACCUUCACAACAUGGGACAGGAGAACUGGGGUUCCUUUCCAUAACUUCAUCAGCUGGCAGGAUCAGAGGGCUGCAGAUCUGGUGAAAUCCUGGAACAGUUCUUGCACAAUAAAAGCAAUCAAAGGCGUGAUGAAGAUGCUCUACUUUGUGACCAGGCAGAAGCGCAUGCUUGCAGCAAGUCUUAUUACUUUCUCCACUCAACACGUCACCUUCCGCCUCGUCUGGGCCCUAACACACUUCAAGCAGGUUUGUCAAGCAGUAGCUGAAGGCAACUGCUGCUUUGGAACAAUAGACACCUGGCUCCUGUUUAAACUCACCAAAGGUCAGGUGCAUGCCACAGACUACUCAAAUGCCAGUUCAACAGGGAUUUUUGACUCCUAUCAGAUGUGCUGGAGUGAGCUGCUCAGCUCUCUUGUUUCUCUGCCUCUCUCUAUUUUUCCCAAAGUAGAAAACACAGGCCAGGACUUUGGUUCCACAGACCCAUCCAUCUUUGGAGUGUCCAUUCCUAUCAUGUCAGUGAUAGCGGACCAGCAGGCAGCCGUGUUUGGAGAGUGCUGCUUUGACGUUGGGGAUGUCAAAAUCACCAUGGGAACAGGCACCUUCAUGGACAUCAACACCGGAAGCAAACCACAUACCUCCGUAGCAGGUCUGUAUCCUCUUGUGGGUUGGAAGAUCGGCUCAGAGGUGGUGUAUCUGGCGGAGGGCAACUCAGCAGACACAGGCACUGCCAUCAAAUGGGCACAGGAGCUGGAGCUCUUCUCUGACGUCCGGGACACCAGCAGCAUGGCCUGCAGUGUCAGCGACUCAGAUGGAGUGUGUUUCGUUCCUUCCUUCAGUGGUCUGCAGGUUCCUCUGAAUGAUCCCAAAGCUUGCGCCUCUCUCAUGGGCCUCAAACCUUCUACCACUAAAAGCCAUCUGGUCCGGGCCAUUCUGGAGUCUGUCGCCUUCAGAAACAAGCAGCUAUACGAGACAAUGCUGAGAGAAACUAACAUUCCCAUCACAAAGAUCAGGGUGGAUGGCGGUGUUUCCUCCAACGACUUUGUCAUGCAGCUGACUGCAGACCUGUUUGGCAGAAAGGUAGCCAGACCCCAAAACUGCGAAAUGUCGUGUUUAGGGGCUGCUUUCGUUGCUGGACUUGGAGUGGGCUUCUGGAAGACCAAGGAAGAGCUGAAGAAGCUGCAGAGCACCGACAAGGCCUUCUUGCCCAAAGGAACUCCAAAAAACGGUACUAUCAGCCCCAGUCAGGAAUACAUCCAUGUCCUCCAGUGCUGGGAGAGAGCUAUCCAACGCUCCAUGAAUUGGUACAAGCCUUGAUAUGGGAUGCACACACAGGGUGAUCAAGGGCUAGACUGAGAGACAUAAAAGCAAAGACGGGAAAGCAGACGGUUGUUUUUAAGAAAAUAAUGUAAGUAGGACUGUACCGAAUAGUUCGAAGCGUCAUUUAUAACGUUGACAUUCUAAUUCUAAAUCAACAUUUGAAUGCAGCGCAGCAUUCAAAUGUUGUGCAUGUCCAUGAAUUCUGUUUAAACCUGGUAUUUUUCCACAGUUGCGGAUACAAAUUAAUCCCCUUUAAUAUUAUCAUUAUUAAACUAUUUGUAGAAUUGGUUUCCUGUGGUGUCUGCGUAGGAUUGUCUCCAACUUGUGUGAACGAGCGUGUUUCUGUUGUAGCAUAAUUCUGCCCUUUUUAUGCCCUUAUUGGAUUAACCUGCUGCCUACAUGAAGGUACCUUGACAAAACCAACGAGCUGUAUUCAUUAGAGAGUUGAUUUAAU